GUGUUGAAUAAUUUUUUGGGGAUUUAAUUAAUUUAGAUUUAGCUCAGCAAAACACUAUUAAAUUCAAUUAAAAUGUGAUAAAUAUAAUAAACAAUUUUAAAAGUUUUUAAUUUAUUAUUAAAUAAAUAUUAACGACUAGAUUGUUAAAACAAAUCUAAAAAGAAAUAGGACAAGUGGUAGAAAAAAAAUCAAAUACAAGUUUAUUUUUGAGUCUGUGUGUAUGAAUAUGAAAAUAGAAAAAAAGAACAACAACAACACACAUAGAAAAGAAUAAACGAGAUAAGAAAUGACCAUAAAUUAGACGAAGGAGUAAUAAUAGUUUCUAUAGAGAUUAAAAAUAAAGAAUUUUUUCACUGUGGGAACAGCAAACGGAAAAACCAAUGCAGUCUCUAAAAUCACACAUGGAAGUUGUGGUUUAAUAAUUUAUUUUAGUAACUUAAUAACCCAUAAAAAAUUAACAUUUUAGUUGGUAAAAUAAGCAAUUAUGUCGUCUGCUGUGGACAUACAAAUCGUGUCAGCUCCAAAUCUGGCCAAAAUUGAGAACUAUUUAAAAGAUGCCUCCUAUCGCGAAACCAUCGAGUACAGUGCAAAUUUCAAUACACGUCUGUGUUUGGAGAGACGUCUACGUUUACCUUUUCUGGAUCCCCAAACUGGAGUGGCUCAAAAUCAUUCGCAUUUGUUUAUGGACAAGAAACAGCGUAUGCCCGGCUUUAGGCAGGGACAAAUCUAUACGUAUCCGGCUACACGAUGGCGUAAAAGUAGACGUCAAUAUUUAAACAAAAUGUACAAAUUUCCAGAUCGUCCUUUUCAGGCUCUACGCAAAGAUCAUGAGGCUUUGGUGGCUAGUACCACGGGUACGGGAGCUGCGGGCACUGCUUCGCCCACAGUCUCCACUGGGCUACAGCAAGAUCCCGAUCUAAAUAGUUCACUAAUGGAAGAAUCUUCUUCAUUGGGUGCGGCUGGCGGUGAUACAUCCGAUAGCAAAGACAGCCAACAACAGCCGCAGCAACAAACACAAUCACAAUCUCAGCCGCAUCAAUUAAAAGAGGACCUGCCUAAAGAAUGGUUUUACGAUGACAUUGACAUCAAUGAUAAUGAUUCAUUGGAAGAACCAAAAUCCCCUGCCGAUGAUGAAUACGACUAUGAUCCACGUUAUGGCACCAAGAAACGAAGAAAGCGUGGACGCGGCAAAAAAGCUACCCUCCUAACACCGGGUGAAGGUGUGGGACCGGGUCCCGGCCGGCGUCGUACUGGUGCCGGUAGAGGACGCUCGUCCUCUUCGGUAACAAGUGCUUCGUUUGCGGACACUUCAAUGUCGGGCUUAGAUUCUAUCGAUGGCAUGGGUGCUAGUUCUACAGAUGUGGCCGUCCCAUCGACGCCCACAACUACCACUGGAAGGCGAGCACGCGGAACUGGCACCCGGGGUAGACGUCGCACCAAGGCUGGCCCAGCCGGCAAUUGUGAUCCUCCCAGUCCUGGUAAUGCAGAACCUCCCUCCUUUGAAUCGGCCGCCGCUGCUGUAGGUGUUAUGGAUAAUCUACCACCAGUGGCCGAAGAUCAUAGUGCAGAUUUGCGUAAUUAUCGCAAAUAUUUGUAA